GGUGCAACCAAAGCAAACAUCCCUAGACACCUCCCCAAAUUUGUUAUAUAUAACAAAGCCAUAGCCUGUGUGGAAUGAACUCAUCAGUAAGCACCAAAAGCUAGCUAUCUAGCUGCUUAAACAUACUCCCGUUACACUAUUCAGUGUAACACUCUAGGCUAGGGUUCUUGAAAUGCAGAUCCGUCCUGCUUUCCAUGGGGCUCUAUUCGGUCUCUGGAUAUGCCUGUUUACUUCAACCUUAUGCUACGGUGAUGAUAAGACCAUCGAGGCAGCCGGACAGCCAGGCAAAGUCGACUUCUCCGAGUUGAAAACAACUGAUGCUGCGGAGCUAAAUGAAGAGGGAAAGUUUGCAGUACUGCAUAAGGUUCCCAUUCUGAAGAAGCCAUUUCCAAAAAAGCCCUACUUCAAGAAACCACCUCUACAUAAGAUUCCCACUUUCAAGAAGCCAAUUCCUGUUUUCAAGAUCCCACCGUUUAAGAAGCAUCCUUCCCCGAUUCCACAAGAAGAAAAGCCAUUUUUGAAGAAGCCAUUUUUCCAUCCCAUUCCAAAAUUCAAAAAGCCAUAUUUCCAUCCUAUUCCUGUUUACAAGAAGCCAGUUUCCCCUCCGAUUCCGAUUUACAAGAAGCCCCCAGUUCCGGUAUACAAGAUUUUUCCCCCAAUCCCUGUCUACAAGAAGCCAUAUUUCCAUCCUAUUCCGGUUUACAAGAAGCCAGUUUUCCCUCCGAUUCCGAUUUACAAGAAGCCCCCAGUUCCGGUAUACAAGAUUUUCCCCCCAAUCCCUGUUUACAAGAAGCCAUUCUUCCACCCAGUUCCAGUUUACAAAAAGCCCUACUAUCCAAUUCCGAAAUAUAAGAAGCCAUGUCCUCCACAUGUAGCUCCCUAAGAUAGCUUAUGAAUUUCCCUGGAAGUCAUUAGAUCAUGAGCAUAAAAUAAAGUCUAGGCUGUCUAGCUUACAUAGACAAAAAUGAUGAAAAAGAAAGGAAGAUGGAAAUUACGUACUGUUGCUGGAAUUUUAUUAAUUAUAUGUGCAUGAAAUACAUGUUCUU